AUGGGCCUUAACAUCCCGGAACAUGAGCUUGAGCUUCGUUCACAGAUUUGUCGGCCGGCCUGGGUCGUGAUAGGGCUUACCAACGAUCUCUUUUCGUUUGACAAGGAGUUAGAGGCGGCUAACGACAUGGGUGCGAACCAUGUGUGCAAUGCGCUGUGGGUCAUGAUGCAUGAACAGUCCAUCAGCCAGGACGAAGCAAAGCAGCUGUGCCGACAGAAGAUGGGGGAAAACGUCGCAGAGUACAUCGAGGCUGCGCAGCAGACGAAGAACCGAGCCGAUCUAUCUCGGGACCUGCGCAGUUUUGUCGAAGCAGUCCAGUAUGUCAUGAGCGGCAACCUCGUGUGGACGCUCGACGCCCCCCGGUACAACCCUAACGUCACUUACAACGGCCGCCAGCUAGAUUGGAUGGCAAAUGGAAGUCCAGGUAAUAGAGUUCUGGCCUAA